CUCAGGAGGGGUAACAACGGAAUUCUUUUCGGAACUUUUUCGUGGGUUUGUGUAUAUAGUAUACUGGUUAGGGGCAAUUAUCCUCGUAUCACCUUCCGACACAACCUCAAAGCUGUGGCUAAAGGUCUUUUUGAGACAUUUGGAAAACUUGUUGCUAUUGCACUUCUAAAUGGUUGCCCAGGGACUCAUUUCUUUACACCAAUGGUAGCAGGGUUUAUAUUAGACAUCCCUCAAGAGCCACACUUGACUGAGGUUCCAUAUGAAUGUGAGUUCCUGACCCAACUUACCAACAUUUCUACCUGUAGUGAUGAAGCAUCAUUUAUCAGUGCUGUCAAUUCCUUCCCUGAAUGCUUUGAUAUGGGUUACACAAAAGUAGCAGUAACAUUUGAGGACAAGAAUGAGCUUUUGAAUGCUUGUGUCAAACAUGUAGUAUUAAGUAGUGUAGCCAAGGAAAUUUACAGCUUUAAAAAGGGUUUAGCUUCAUUUGGGGUUUUGGAGUUUUUGUCUAAAUAUCCGAGUGAUGGCAUUAAAUAUUUAAUGAAUGUAGAAGUUUCUGUAGAAGCUGUGAAAAGCUGCUUUGUUCCUUGUUUUUCCUCUCCAGGGUUUGAACUUCAUGAGAGAGAAACAGAAAUUGUAUACAACUGGCACAGUUUCCUGAUGAGUGUCAGUAGGGGAAAAUUGAAAUGCAAUGUUAUCCCUUUUACCCAGCCAUCUAUUACUGGUACUGAUGAUAAUGAUGAUUUUAAACAUGAUAAUUCAGAACUCAGAUAUCUCACCUUGAGUGAUGUGUUGCAGUUUGGAAGUGGAUCUUGCUUCCCCAAUUUCUCAGGGAAAUACAUACAUACAUACAUACAUACAUACUUUAUUUGCAACUCCCCAAAGGGGCUUUUCAGUUACAAAAGGAAUAAAAAAGAUAAAAAUAUGUCAAUUAAAAUGAAUAAACAAACUGGGUAAGGAGUCUAAAACUAAUUACAGUAUUAAAGAUUUAAAAAUUUACAAAGUUUAAAAUUGAAUAUUAAGAAUUUACAUUAUUAACAUUUAAAAUGUUUGGUCAAGUGUCCCUUAAAAGCUUUCACAGAAGGUAAACUUUUCAAAUCAUCACUUAGCUCAUUCCAGAUUUUUGCUCCGCGAUAUGCAAAUGAUCUUUGUCCGGUAGCCAGUCGGCAACGUGGAAUGUUUAAGUCAUUACUCUGUCUGGUGUUUCUUGUAGCAAUUUGAGAUCGGAAAAUGAAUUUAUCAAUCAAGUAGUCUGGAACAAGAUUAUGAAUACAUUUGAAAGUCAUCACAGAGUCAUUUAUGUAGAGUCUAUCGCUGACCUGCAGCCAAUUCAAGGAUUUGAUGCCUUGUGAGAUAUGGUCGUACUUACGCAGUCCCAAUACAAUACAGAUUGGAAACUACAGACUGGUUUGAUCACGAGAGUGCAUCCACUGAAAAACAAAUCAGUGGAAAUACAUGUGCUCUUUCUAUAACUAUUCAAGUGAACAAGAGGUAUACUUGUAAUAGUAAUGAGUUUGCCCAGAAGCUCAUGGAAGACAUUUUUGAGGCUUAUGGGUUUGGCUUACCUUAAGAAUAAUAAAAAGAAGUGUUUUGCUGAAGCUGACAAAAUGCCUUGCACAAUACUUCAUAAUUUUCAGAUACAUGUGUCUUCAUGUACUUUAUGAGGAAUGAUGGGUCAUAUGACAAUACUGUUGUUUAAUGUUGACAUUUCACUGUUAUGCCAGACUCAAAGCUGUAGGCCUAUAGUUUCGUAUGCCUUGUUUUACAAGGUUUAAAUAUAAUUUAGUAUACACUGUAGAUGUUUAAUUCAUCAUCCAAAAGUAGUGUAUAUGUUAAAUUAUAAAAUGUUCAGUUCCUUAACAGUUGUACUAUCAUCUAAAUUUCCUCUCCAGUAUUUUGGAAUUUUAAUGUUGUAACCUCAUGAUGAACUUUUGUGUUGACACCCUCAUCAGACUGUCAAUGUUGAUGUUCUUGGUACCACAUGAUGUAAGAUUUAUUGGGAGGAUACAGCAAUAAAGUUGUUGCCAUUUCAGAAAACUUAUUGAAAAACUUUUAAUCUUGAUAGACAUAACGUGGUUUAAUCUCAGAACAAUCAAUACCCCCUACCAAUUUUAAAUUGGUAUUUCUUGUCAGUUAUUUGAUACUUUAUGUCAUUGAUUCGAGUUGGUUGAUUACUGACACUAUAUUGACUAUAACAGGAAUGAUUAACCCUUUCAUCUGUAACUUUAAAAUAUCAACUUGCCUUUCCAAUCUUCACACCUGCCUAAAUCCGUGUUAUGUAAGGGAUAAAUACUUGAUUUCAGGGGCCACAUGCUUGACUUUGUAAUGGCAUGUUAUGGAGAAGACAUACAGUAUGUACGCUAAUUACUCUAAGAUACUUGGAAGAAACACCUAGAAAGUUCAACAUACACUAUAUCUGGCAUGCAUUGUCUAUCCCCACAUGGUCAUGGGAGUUACAAGUGUCAAAGGCUGUAGUGAAAUGAAGAAAUACCAACAGUGAAGUGGUUUAGUUAGGAUAACAAGUACCGGUAGUAAUUAAAAAAUCCUCAAGGUAUUAGCCUGUAUCUCGAUAACUUUUUGUGCAAACUUUUCUUGGCGUUCUCAGAAGAGCUAGAGGUUGCACUGACUGUAAUAUUUAUGCUUGUUUUGGAAAUUGAGAUCCUUAGAUCAUUAAUGCACAUGUUUCCCAAAAGGUUACUCAACCUUUUGCAAACUGGACAAGUUUCUGAAAUAGAUUUCCUGCCUCCAGAAUAGAGGUGGGGUGUGACAAACCUGAACCUUGCCUGAAACUGGACACAAGCAAUCAAUUCGCCCAAAUUCUUCUGGAAGAAAGUACAUCAUAUCGGGCACACCUGACACGGUAACAUGCUUUGACUUCCUGAUGCAAUGAGAAUUCCAGCCAUCCUUUACUUUAUCAAGAUCAUCCUGCAAGACAUCUGCAAAGGAAUACCAAAGUGCUUCUCUGUGUAUCUGACUGAUGAGGUCGAGGAUGUCAGAUUCAUGCAAGUCAUUGAAGAAAUCAAUCCACCAACUUGCCCACUCUUUUCUGUAGUGUGACCAGUAACCUUCAAUUCUUUGGUUCCUGACGCUUGUUAUGUAUUUGUGAGCUCUAGAACCCACAUAUUCAUCAACUCCUUCUGCGCAUAAGUAGCACUGCAUUGCAGCAAUCAGUCCGUUUUCAGUUCCACCAUCAGUGUACACACGUGCUGGACAUCCAUGUGCUGCUUUCGCAUUAUCCAAGAAAUAUCUUGCCAUCGGCCACAGAUUCUUGUUCGACCUUUGAACUUCUCACCAUAGAAUUCUCCAGCUAAAGCCAUCUACACAGCCAUGAAUAGAAAAGCCAAAUGGCUUAAGUUUGUCAUAUCCAUCUAAGUGCCAACAAAAAUUAGCUCCUGGUGACACAUAAGUUCUCCAGUGAAGGCACUUACGUUUUCUCAGGUCCACUCCACAGGGAUCAACUUCUCUUAAAAGUGAUUCAACCAACUGUCGGGGAACAUGAAUGUUAUGUCUAAGGCGCAGCACAUGCCACAUGGUUCUAUAACCACUGAGGCUGUCUGGACCAGUACAAAUUUCAAGCAAAAUCAAAUCCCUUAUGCAUUCAACAAGAUCAUCAUUCACCGUAUCCCGUUUUCUCAGACCAUAGUCUUUGAGCCUUCUUUUCAAUGUUCGUUCAUUUGUCUAUACCAUGAUGCUUUCCUAACAUCAGCGCUAUAUAUCUGUACGUAAGGCCUCUGUUGAAAUAAUAUUCAAUAAGCUCUCUUUCUGAUCCCCGUGGCAAAUCUUCAUGUUCAAUUUCAGCUUCUACAUCACUCAAAUCGUUCUCACUGGACGCCAUGUUAAUAAAAUUGAAAUAUGGCAGGAAAGGACUCUGUCCCAGGCCUCAUGUCUACCUGCGCACGCAUACAUUCAUAUUUUUGUUUGUUAGCAGGACUUUUUAUUCGCAGUGAGCAGUAUAUUUUUUCUUGCAGUGUGUACUGGGUUUUUUGUCACUCGCAGUGUGCAAAACUUUUUUGUUUGCAAUGGAACAAUAUUCUGUGCAUAGUAGGCCAUUUAUUAUUUAUCUAUUUAUUUUCUUUGCAGCAGGCAAGUGUUUCACUUGAAGUGCAUACAUUUACUUUGUUUGCAGUGCAGAAUUUUGUUUUAUUUGCAGUGCACACAUUUCUUUUGUUUGAAGCGUGCACUUUUUU